UCUGCCCGAUAGUGGAGCAAACCACGCUUUUUGACAGGGUACAUUGGGUUUCAGUACCCCCGCCCCUCGGUCCUAACCAUAACAGCGAGCUGGGAAGUUAAGUAGGUUUCCUCCGUGGCUUUUCCGGGGUGCGGACCCUGCGACUUCCCGCAGAGCGGUCGCGCAGGCAAAGGGGCGCAAGGGACCCGGGGGAAGGGGCCGAGGGCCGCCUGAUUGACAGCCCGAAAUCUGAUCUUGUGAAAGAGACGUGGAGCCAAUGGGAGACAGCGAUCCAUCAGUUUGGAUUGGAGGCCCCUGGAGGAGAAGUGGAGGAAAAACCACCCAAUUCAGCUCUGUCAGAGGCGCUUUCGGCUUCCAAGGGGGAAGUGCUGGGCAAUAAUUAAUGUUUUUAUUAAAUUUGGAGGGAAUUUUUUGCAGCCGUUCGCCUAGCGUGGCCUUCAGGUUGACUGAAGUCCGGAUCCCGAGGAAAUCUCUAGCUAAAUGCUCAAAAUAUAAAGCACUGAGCUAAUAUUUGCGACGAGCAGCAGAAUGGAUGGAUUUUAUGACCAGCAAGUGCCUUACGUGGUCACCAACAGUCAGCGUGGGAGGAAUUGUAACGAGAAACCAACAAAUGUCAGGAAAAGAAAAUUCAUUAACAGAGAUCUGGCUCAUGAUUCAGAAGAACUCUUUCAAGAUCUGAGUCAGUUACAAGAAACAUGGCUUGCUGAAGCUCAGGUACCUGACAAUGAUGAGCAGUUUGUACCAGACUAUCAGGCUGACAGUUUGGCUUUUCAUGGCCUACCACUGAAAAUCAAGAAGGAGCCCCACAGCCCAUGUUCAGAACUUGGGUCUGCCUGCAGUCAAGAGCAGCCCUUUAAAUUCAGCUAUGGAGAAAAGUGCCUGUACAAUGUCAGUGCCUAUGAUCAAAAGCCACACAUGGGAAUGAGGCCCUCCAACCCCCCGACACCAUCCAGUACCCCUGUCUCUCCGCUGCAUCAUGCAUCUCCAAACACCACUCAUACUCCGAAACCUGACCGGGCCUUCCCAGCUCACCUCCCUCCUUCUCAGUCUAUACCAGACAGCACCUACCCCAUGGACCACAGAUUUCGCCGCCAGCUUUCUGAACCCUGUAAUUCUUUUCCUCCUUUGCCGACAAUGCCAAGGGAAGGGCGUCCCAUGUACCAACGCCAGAUGUCUGAGCCAAACAUCCCCUUCCCACCACAAGGCUUUAAGCAGGAGUACCACGACCCAGUCUAUGAACAUAACACCAUGGUUGGCAGUGCAGCCAGCCAAAGCUUCCCCCCUCCUUUGAUGAUCAAACAGGAGCCCAGAGAUUUUGCAUAUGAUUCAGAAGUGCCUAGCUGCCACUCCAUUUAUAUGAGGCAAGACGGCUUCCUGGCUCACCCAAGCAGAACAGAAGGCUGCAUGUUUGAAAAGGGCCCCAGGCAGUUCUGUGAUGACACCUGUGUUGUGCCGGAGAAGUUCGAUGACAUUAAGCAAGAGCCAGGAAUGUACCGGGAAGGCCCCACGUACCAGAGGCGAGGAUCCCUGCAGCUCUGGCAGUUUUUGGUAGCUCUUCUGGAUGACCCUUCAAAUUCUCAUUUCAUUGCCUGGACUGGACGAGGCAUGGAAUUUAAACUGAUUGAGCCUGAAGAGGUGGCCCGGCGUUGGGGCAUUCAGAAGAACAGGCCAGCUAUGAACUAUGACAAACUCAGCCGCUCUCUCCGAUAUUACUACGAGAAGGGGAUCAUGCAGAAGGUGGCGGGAGAGAGAUACGUCUACAAGUUCGUGUGCGACCCGGAGGCCCUUUUCUCCAUGGCCUUCCCCGAUAACCAGCGCCCACUGCUGAAGACGGACAUGGAGCGACACAUCAACGAGGAGGACACGGUGCCCCUGUCUCACUUCGACGAGGGCAUGAGCUACAUGCCGGAAGGGGGCUGCUGCAACCCGCACGCCUACAGCGAAGGCUACGUGUACUAGCAUGAGUGAGCCAGCAUGAGCCACAGCCGAGCAGGGCGCCCCGCGCUCCGCCCCUUCUCCCGGGACGCGGAGACUCACCAGUCCUCCUCCAUCCUGGUUUUAUUUCUGUUGUUCGUCUUUCGUUUUAUGAAUAAUGAUACAAAAGGGGGCUUUUCCUGUUGCAUUAUUCUACGGUCUGCCAUGGACUGAGCACUUUAUUGGAGGGCGGGUGGGAAGAGCCGAGACAUUUGUUGUUCGCGACAGGAAGACGGUGGGCGAACGGGCAGCGGGAACUGGGGGAUUGCUUUUUACUUAGGCUUGGGAUGGGGUCCUACGGGUUUUCUGUAUAAUGAAACUGUAUCAUGUUUGUUCGCUUUCAUAAUAGUGUGAGAUGAUUUUGCCUGGGUGUCUACGGUACAGUUGAUUUCACGUUGUGUAAAUAUCUACUUGGAGACCAUUUGCCUUGGGCAUUUUCCCCGUCAUCACUGAGUCUUUGCAGGUGUACAAAAAAAAAAAUCUACUGUAAAUGGCAGAUUAAUGUUAGAAAUGACUGUUUUUGCACCUCUUGUAAAAAGAAAAAGUAUUUAGCAGUUGCAUUUGUUGUUCUUUCUGUUUCACUUUGCUUUACAGAUGACCUGUAGAGAAGAGCCACACGGGUGGGCAUGCUCUAAGAAGCUGAGUAAUCCCUGUGUAAAUGAGGGCACAGUUUUGGACUCUGGCUCCAGCUGAGUCACAGGCCAGUAGCAUUACACGUAUCUGGUGCCAUCUUGCUGUUUCGGUACAAAUACUGUCUUUUAAAUACAUUGUUGCCCACUUCAGUUAAGUAAUGACUUGUCAUGAUCCUUUGGAAUCUUCAUUUAAGGGUUAAAUCUGGGAUCACAAUGAAGAAGAAAAAAAGAAAAAAAGAAAAAAAAUUACCUGUCUCCUUUCACUACCUUCAGUACAUAAAUACAUUAUUUAAUCAAUAAGAAUUAACUGUACUAAAUCACAUAUUAUGCUGUUCUAGUUACAGCAAGCACUCUUUAAGAAAAAUAUCCACUACACUAAAUAGGUACUAUAGUAAUUUUUAGACACGGUACCCAUUGAUAUGCAUUUAAACGUUUCACUGCUGUGUUUUGUUGGUAACAUAUAUAAAUAUUAGAUAAUGCUAACGCUUCCGCUGCUGUCUUUUCUGUAAUAUUCUCUUUCAUGCUGAAUUGACUAUUACCAUUUAUAAGCAAUGCAGUUAACUACAGAUAGCAUUUCAGAACAAAAUAGAUGACUCAAACCAUUUAUUGCUUACGAAAUAGCUUACACCAUGCUCUGCUAUAAGCAGCUUUAUGCACAUUGACAAUAAAGAGUGAGCUUCAGCUUGCUGAGGGAAACUGUGGAAACCUUUGUAACUUUUGGUGGGAUGAACAUUGUUUAUGAACUGUUAACGGAUAUGAGGAAGUUGCUGUGUGACAUAGUACUGGCACUGACGCUGUCCUUCAUCUCCUGGAACACGCCUGUAAAUGUGAUCAGAUUGUAUGAAGGAAGAUUCAAAGAUCUUGAGUUUCAAAGUUUUUGCCUUGUUUUUUAUUUGUUUGUUUUGUUGUGCGUUUAAAAACAGACAGCAUUGAAACUGUGCCAUGUUGUUUUGUUUACUCUGAAAAACAUAAGGGAAAGAUGUCGUAACAGCCCUGAGUAGCUCCUUGCUGGAUCCAAGCAAAGAAAAGAAUUGCAUUUACUUCACUACAGUUCUGGAGGAACAACUUCCUGAAGAAUCUAUAGGAAAAUGUUAUUUUUUUUAUUUAUUUUAUUUUUUUUAGGAAAUCCUUAAACACAAAGCCCAAAUAAACCUAAGAAAGCAUUUCAGGAGCACAAGAAAGGAGGAGCCCUCAGGAUCCACUCUCCCGUGCCCCACAGAUUGAGCUGUCUCUGUAAACCAGAAGUUCCUUCCGAAUCAGUACUAUCCACAUUCCCCUGAAACACCCUGACCCAUGCGUAUGUCUGUAACCGAUUUCAUUGACUGUGCUGCACGGAUUUCACUUGGCUCUUCACGGGCUGAUAAGUAUGCCUUAAAAAUCAGGAUAUCCACCGUGCUCAUGAGAUCAUCUACAGCGCGUAGAAUAAGAACAGACUUUCUAAAUAACCAGGGAAAUGUUUAUUGGACAGAAGUGAGAUAUAUGAUCGGGCCAUUGGUGAAAUAGAAGGAAAUUCUAUGUGUGUCUUUAUAUGCGAAUCAUUGAGGAGUCUCUUCUUUUUCUGUUGCUUCCCACCUCCACCUUUAUCAUUACUGUUCUAGUCAGUCAGAGGAAGAACUGGACCUGAGUUAUUCUAAAGAAUCAAAAGAAGAAAGGUAUUAAUUCUGAUAGCUAAGGAUAACUAUAUGUUUUGUUGUAAUUGGUAGUGACUAGAUAAAGUGAAUAUGUCAUCAGCUAACAUUAAGUGUAUUCCUAAAAUGGAAAAAUUCAAAAUAGAGCAUCUUAAAUUUUAGCAAAAUGGAAAUUUUUACAUUAUGACUUCUUUUCUUUCUUGUUUAAAUUCAGGUAGAUUAAUAAAUCUGGGAGCUGAUUUCUGCAAGAGUCUUGCAUUUUGUAUUUCAACAGCAUUGGCUGUGAAACAUAGAAAUUAGUGAAGUAAUGUUUUUCUUCAACCUGUUAAAAGAAAUGACAAGAUAUAUCCACGAGUAUUUGAUGUCUCUCGUUGAGGAUGUGCAUAUAUCCAGCAGUUUCUUAAAACAAAGAACUUUCCAAACAACAAGUGAGACAUCUUUGUUUAGGGAGUGCUUCAGAAUGAAAACCAUAAAACUAAUUGUGUAGUGUCUUCUAAAAUCUCAGAAGCUUUGCUUCCUGUAGAUGCUAUAACAAACUAUUUAGGCUUUAGUAAAAAUUUACCUUCUUAUAGUUUUGGAGGUCAGAAUUUCAAAGUCAGUCUUAAAGGGCUAAAACCAAGAUGUCAGGAAAGCCACUUACUUUUUUGGAAGCUUUAGAGAGGCUUUGUUUGUUUGUUUGUUUGUUUGUUUCAGUUUCUGGGCAUGUCAGCAUUUCUUGACUCCUGGCUACAACACUUCAAUUUUGCCUUCCUGUUCACAUACCUUUCUGCAGUCAAAUAUCCUUCUGGCUUCCUGCAGGCAAGGACACUUGUGAUUAUAUUUAGGGUUUACUUAAAAAGACCAAGAUUGAUCUUUCCCUCUUAGCAUCCUCACGUUCCAUGUCCCUUUUGACAGAUGAACAAUUCUCAGGUUCCUGGGAUUAUGAUAUAGUCAUGGGGCAGAGGUGGGAGCCUGUCUAUUCAGCUUUCCACCCAGCUAAAGACCCCAGGGAGGAAAAUGCUAAUUGAUUUAUUCAUGGGCAAAAAGCUCUGUUGAAGUAGCUAAGGUUAGUACAUAGUAGUACUGUGAUUCAGCAUUCAUAUUAUUUCACCUUAUUUGCAUAAACACUUCUGAAAAAUCACCUAUUCUAGUAAAUCAUCUGGAUAGCCACACCAAGCCUUUAUAGGAUUUAAAUAUCCCUCCUCUCCUAGUUAAGCACGCUAUGAUAGGAAAUAAAAUGCCCAAGCUGCCGAAACAGCAACAGCACGGUCAAACCUGAUCCUCGUGCCAUAUCAUGUUUUCAGAAAGAUUUUUCAAUAUCAAUAAUGAAUUGAUUCUUUAUAAUCCUUACAGCUGCAGAUGAUAACUACUUAUUCAGUAAGAACAAUACACAGACCAUGCUGACUGUUAAUUAAAACAGCAAUUCUAAAAACUGAGUCAACAUCGUUUUAUGUGGCAAUGAACGACAUUUCUUGCCUGACGUCACAGUAUCUGAGACAGAUUAUAGAGUUCUACAAUGGAUCAUGUUUUUGAUCAUGCAGCCUUUCCAGAUUAUAUAAUGAACUAUGAUGGAAUAAAAAAAAAAAAACCCAGCUGAAUGCCUAAUUAAGACCUUAUUUUUCUAAAAAAUCAGAAACAAACUACUCUUCCAGGCACAGUUUAGAAUGGAAAAGAGACAUUAAAAGUACACAAAAUAAUGGAAAGAAUCGAUGAAGGCAGAGAUGUAUGUCGGAGAAUUGCCACAAGAAUUUCAUCAAUGCCAAGUUCCAUAAAGGUGUUUAUUUUGCACUGAAUACUAACGAGAGAGUGAGGUAGGCCCUAGGAGGACAGAGACAUGGUGGCUGCUUCCGGGGCUUUUUGGAAAGCUGACCAAAUUUAGUGACAACUCAACCACGGUUUUUAUGACUUUAUUUUAUUUUAUUAAGUAAAACUGACUUAGACACUUUAAAAAAAAACAAUUUAUGAAAAAGUAUAGUUUAAGAAGAAAAUCUGGUUAGACUAGCGGGUGCCUUUAUAGAAAUAUUGAUGGUUUUGGAAUGUUCAAUAAAAAAAUGUGUAUAUAUAUAUCUGUGAUUUAAGAAUCCGUAUUUAAGGUAGGUUUUCUUUUCACAUAUAAACUCCAAUAUUCUUAAUUAGUUCCGUUUGAAAGUUAUGUUACUACUGGGGGAGAAUUUUUUUAAAAUUUGCUUGGUUGUAUUUAGAUUAUAAUUACAGUUUGAGAAAUCAUUAUGAAAUUCAUGUGGUGACAGCAAAUUAAAUAUGCUCAAAAUUUAAGACUAAAAUAAAAGCCCAGAAAUUGAAAAUA